UCAUAGUCCCGUGCUAGUUCUAUCAUCUGCCAUACAAAUGAUGGUGCGACGCAGUGGACGCUACACGGUCAACUGGCGCGGGUUUAGAGACUUCGUCGGCAAUAAGCCCCCCGAUGACGAAAAACAAAAUCAAGAACCUGAGGAGGAUCUAUCAAAUCAUGAAGUGAUUUUUCUCAAAAGCAUAGUAGAGAGUCCAGACUUCGGAAGAAAAUGUGCGUCCGUCGAUUGUGAAGAGGAUUUAAUUGUGAAACCUGUCUCUUUGGAUAAUGUAAGCAUAAUAAGAUUGCUAAGCGAGUACCGCGGCACCAACAUACGGACUAUCGAACAAGCGGAGCUCGCAAUAUUAUUGUCCAGGGUACAUUUUAAGGCUCUAAUAGAUGCACAUGAUAAAAUUGGUAAGAUUUGGCUAGAGCGAGGGUCGGGUAUAGAUGAAAAAACUGUGUUGGAAGAAGAACAGAAGGACACAGCAAAAGCUUCAGAUCUCAGUCCAGACCAAAACGGAGACAUGCCUGUGGAGACAGUCAAAGUUGUAGGACUUCGGAAAGUGCCUGGACAACCAUUAGGAUUAACUGUAACAACAGAUGAACAUGGUCAAUUAAUUGUAGCAAGGAUCCUCGCUGGCAGUGCGGCUGCCAAGCAGGCCUUACUUAGUGUAGGAGAUGUGCUGCUAGAAGUGGACGGCAUACAGAUCGACACUGAGGAACAGCUAAAAGAGGCAGUUUCUAAGCCCAAUGAUAGGGUCACACUCAAAGUAGGACCUAAUCUUAAAGACAAAAAUGCUCAACUAACUAAUAAACUUAGCUGUUAUAUGAGAGCCCUGUUCGACUAUAAUCCUGCAGAAGAUACAUUGAUUCCAUGUAAAGAAAUAGGUCUAGAAUUUAAGAAGGGUGAUAUUUUACAAGUAUCAGACAGAAAAGAUCCCAACUGGUGGCAAGCUAGUCAUGUGGAGAAACCUGAUGUGGUAGGACUGAUCCCGUCCCCUGAGCUAGAGGAGAGACGUAAAGCAUAUGUGCCGCCUGAAGCUGACUUUGUGCACAAGAUUAGCAUAUGUGGUGCAAGGAUAUCGAGAAAGAAAAAGAAAUUCGUGUACGAGUCUCGAUCGAGCGUACAGCUGGAAGGCGCUGAGUUGGCUCUGUACGAGGAGGUGGCGCGCACGCCGCCCUUCCUGCGCCGCGUGCUCGCGCUCGUGGGCACGCGCGGGGUCGGCCGCCGCACGCUCAAGAACCGCAUGAUCCAGGACCAUCCCGACCGGUUCGGUGCUGUCGUACCACACACGUCACGCCCCCCGCGGCCGUUAGAGGAGAACGGCUCGUCGUACUGGUUCGUGUCGCGCGAGGAGAUGGACCGCGACGCGCACGCGGGCCGCUUCCUCGAGUACGGCGAACACAACGGACACUUGUACGGGACGCAUCUGGACUCCAUACGAGCUGUCAUCAAAGAAGGUAAAAUGUGCAUCCUGGACUGCGCGCCGCAGUCGCUGAAGCUCUUGCACAACAGCAGCGAGUUCCUGCCCUACGUGGUGAUGGUGGCGGCGCCCGGCAUCGAGCAGCUGCGCAAUCUCACCUACGCCUCCAACCGGAACUUGACGUUCGACCGGCAGAGUUCCAUACGUUACAGUUCGAGACGCGCGCGCACUCUGGAGUCGCUCGCUUCGCUCUACGAGGAAGAAGACAUAAAGCAAACUCUAGAAGAGAGCGCGCGAGUGGAGCGCCAGUACGAGAAGUACAUCGACCUGGUGCUGACGAACAACAACUCGGACACGACGUACGCGCGGCUCAUGGACGCGCUGCACUCGCUGUCCACCGACCACCAGUGGGUACCCGUCACAUGGAUCUAUUAACUGACUCCAACAUUUUGGGUUGAUCAUAGAAAUAUUACUUGUAACCUUGAUCUUUUAAGUGUGUUGCCAUCGGUUAUGGGUAUUCGUCAUCUGGAUCUGAUAAUCUUACAGAAUCCAAAAAUAUCACAUUUUGUGUUUACCAUAGAAUUAUUACUCAUAGAAACACAAAACCUUUGAUCUUUUAUGUGUGUUCCCAUCGGUUAUGGGUACCUGGAUCUAGUAAUCUUAACGACUCCAACAACAUUUUAAGUUGACCAUAGAAUUAUUACUUGUAGAAACACAAAAACUUUGAUCUUUUAUGUGUGUUCUCAUUGGUUAUGGGUACCUGGAUCUAUUAAUCUUACUGACUCCAACAACAUUUUGAGUUGACCAUAGAAUUAUUAGUUGUAGAAACACAAAAACUUUGAUCUUUUAAGUGAGAUCCCAUUGGUUAUGGGUAUUCAUCACCUGGAUAUCUAUUAAUCUAUCUCAAUCCAAAAAUAUUACAUUUUGUGUUUAUCAUAGAAUUAUUACUUGUAGAAACACAAAAACCUUGAUCUUUUAAGUGUAUUCCCAUCGGUUAUGGGUACCAAUCUAUUAAUCUUUCUGAAUCUAGAAUUAUCACAUUUUCUGUAUAACAUAGAAUUAUUAAUCAAUAGUGCCAUCUUUUAAGUGUGUAUCCAUUGAUUAUUAUGGGUACCCGUCAUCUGGAUCUCACUACUGAAUCUAAAAAUAUCACAUUUUCCAUAAAAUUGUUACUCAUAGAAACGUAGACAACGUCUACUUGAUCUUUUAAGUAGGUAACAAAAUAUUAAUAGAAAAAUCAUCACAUUUUUUGUCCAUAGAAUUAUUACUCAACAAACGCUGCUUAUUCUACUUUAAGUCACUACUUGACCUAAUUAAUUACUAUUAUCUUCGCGCACAAUUACGUUUCUAUGCGUAAUAUUUCUAUUUAAAAGUUAUUUACUGUGUAAUUUUUACAUAUUAUUCAUCUCGGUAGGCAUGAUCUGACAUAUAGGCUCUCCAAGCAAAUCUAAGUGUAUAUCUAUCACAACAUAUAUCUCAUAUACUCGUAAUCAAUAAUUUUAUUUUAUUUCGCACAAAAAUACAAUUAAUCACAAUACUUUUAAUUGAGAUCUAUUUUUCUCUAAACAUCUAUAUUUUUCUAGAUUUUUAAAUAAGCUAUAAUAUUUCUUAACUUUAUUAUUUUUUAUGCUAUACAAUUAUUAUGUAAGAUUAUUAAUAUAUAACAUUGCUGUUAUAUUAUUAACAAGGACAUUUUAUUACGAUUUAAAAAAAUAAAUAUAGAAUAAGUUUUUUUGAUUUGUUUAAUGUGAUAAAAAUGCGAAUUAGUUCGAAUUUUUUAAUUAUAAAUUGCAUUUCAAUUAAGGCCAAAUUUGUCAUCACAUAGUUGUAUUAAAUUAAUAUUAAAAUGUCUCUUAAUUAUUAUUAUUAAAAGUAAUCUCACUAUAUUAAGUUAAAUAAGUAUCAAAUAAUUUAAAAAUUGUCUACCUACUUAACUAUGACUUUGAGUAUAAUGUGAAAUGACCAUUGAUAAAUAACUAUAUAGCCAACCGAGUCGCCGUCUCAAGCAGAUUCUUAUUAUAGUUUUAAAAAUCCAAAAGCCUGUCUUGCUUUUAUUUAAAUAUAAAUUAAAUUAAUUCAAAAUGGUGAAAUUAAAUAGGGUUUAUCCCUAAUUAUACUGAAGCGUAAGAAAAAAAGACUGCUAGUGAAAUCUUUUGGUCAUUAUCGUGACCACAUACACAGACGUCCAAGACAGAACUUUUUUUAGGAAUUUUUUAUUUAAUAACAAAAAUGACAUUAAAAAUAUGAGUGUUACCACCUCAACGUUUAAAAAACUGCUUAACAGUCUAUGAAUAAUUUUUAAGACUGCUAAAUAUAAUAACAACUAAUUUAUUAUUAUCCUACAUUCUUGUAGUUUCACAUUUUCUGAAACCGAAGGUUGCCUGGAAGAAAUCGCUAUGUAGCGAUAAGGCUGCCUUUUGUAUACUGCUUCUUCUUUUUGUUCUACUGUUUGUUCUUUUUUAUGUUGUGGUGUACAAAUAAAGAAUAUAAAUAAAUAAACGACGUUGAACUAUUGUUCAAGGUCGUCGUAAAUGUUAUUUAUCAAUGGACGGGAAUCAGAAAUAAAACCAGCUGACAUUCCAUUGUUUCAGUGAAACUUUUUUUUAUAUUUAAUUACAGUGUUACCAACACAGCAUAGUUACAUCGAAAUAAGUCUAUUAUUAAAAUUAUAGAUAUACAUUACAAUUUUUAAUUUGUCAUAAAAGUAAUCAAUCUAUCACAAUAGUUUAUUGUAUUUUUUCAACUUGUGUUCAAAAUUUUUGUAUCCCACCAAAAACUGCUUACAAUAAAAUUUAUUAAAACAUUUGUAUAUUAUAGAUACAUGAAUAAAGAAUAAUGUAUUUUUAGAUAAUAAUCGUGUGCAUUUUAGUAUAAAAUAUUACACAUAACUUUUUCUAAUGUAAAAGGCCUCAAAUAUAUUAGCUAUUGUAAUUUAUAUGUGCCGAUUCUUAAACGAUUUUAGCUUAAAAAUGUUGCCACUUAGAAAUAAGAUUUUGCAUUACAAAGACACAUCACUGAAUAGUAUUUUAUUAUAUUUUAAUUUUAGCAAAAACAACUUGAUUUAUUUUAUAAACAGUAACAUAAUCGUCGGUAGCUAUUAAGUAGUAUUAAGUAAUUUUUACCAGAACUUUUCAUAUAGAUCACAGCUUACUUAACGUUAGCUUGAAUUUCACUAAGAAAUUUACAUUCCGUCCAUUUUGUUUUGUUAUUUAGCUGUAAAUUUUAUUGUAUCAAUAAUAUUCAAUAUACAUUAUGUAACUUCA